ACAACUCGCCCAGCCAGAUCAGCCCUUGGCCCAUCCGCCCAUCGUCCCCAGUCAAUACGACUAGUCGAAAAUUAGUGCCAUCGACCAGACCAGACCCUGUAACGCCAUCCUUUUCCUCAUUCAGUUCAUUUACACGUGUAGCGUCAAACACCGACCUGCUCUUCCCAGCCCAGCGACCAGCCCACGCUCUCUUCCAGCGCCCAUCACCACCGCGUUAGGUAACAUUUGGUAACAUCGCUUCUGCUCCUCCGGCGGCGCCGCUCCUUUAUUCGCCUUUGAUCCCUCGCUGGCCCCCGUCUACCCCGUCGGCCGUUUCAUCGCCCGACAUGUCCACCUCGUUCGAUUCUGCCGAUUCCUCUCGUCCCAUGAUGGCUCCCACUACCCAAAACCGCGCCUCUGUCCGCCUCUCCCGGGCGGCCUCCAUGGCCCACUCGGUCGCGCCCACCUUCUGCACCACCGACAGCGCCGUCGCCGAGAUCACCGACAUUGGCAAGGGGCUCGACCGCAUGGAGAACAAGGCGCUGACGCAGCAGCGCGUGCACCUGUCGGAUGAGAAGAGCGUCAACCUGCAAAAACUCGCUCUGGGCGCCAAGCUCGAGCGCGCGCUCGACCGUCGCAUGUCCGGCCAGGAUGCGGUCAUGAGGCCGCGCAAGCCAACGAUUACCGCCGCUUCAAGUGUCGAUAUGAGCGAGAAGGAGAAGGUUGAGAUGAUCUGAUUUGACAUCUUGAGUCAACGGGCAUGGGGCGAACCGGUCGGACGGGGCCAAUGAGGCGAAACAAGCAAACGAUUACGCGGCAAGACAAGAGAAGAAUACUCCGUGGCUCUGGGAUGUUCAGCCGGUUGGCCGGAGGAUACGCCUCCCGCUCUCGUUCAUUCCGCCUGCAUAAUGCCGUUCCACACGCUGUUGAGGGCAUUGCGCUAAAGACCGGCCGCACAAUACGAGG